UUAAUAUGAGAGAAUUCUUCUUCUUCCCAUUUCCUUCUCCAUUUCAUAAACACAGAAGUCUGCAAGAUUGCUGCUUCCAGACUUAGAAUUGAAGGGACUCCUGGGGGUGGUUUGCUCGAGCCUACCAGCAAUUUGUUGUGGGGGCAUAUAACACUCUAAUGAGAGUGAUCUAAUAACGUCUUCAAUCGAUUCUCUCCUGCCAGUUUCUGAUAGAUUUUAGUGCAGAGUAAAGUCAUUUGCGUAUGUACUUCAGCUUAUUAAUGGAGAUUAUGAUCACUGGAGUUUUGCUAAUGGAAGAUCUUCUGAGGUCCAAGUAAUAUUCAACUGUGCAUGGUUACUGACAGAAUUAAAGAACCAUUUGAAAGCACUGAGCUACCUGUUGCUCCAUAGAAGAAUCCAAAUAUAUAGGUUAUUUGACUGUUGAUACUCUUCAGUCAUAACUGUUGGUGCGUGAACAUAAAUUUAGCAGGUUUUUAUAUGAUGAUGAACAAUCUUAGAGGGUUGGGGCGGAUUCUUGUAAAGCAAAAGAAGAGGCAGAGAUGUUAUGUUUGGAAGAGGUAAAGGUCGAGGUAGAUCUUGGAACAAAGAAAAUGUUGAUUGUAAACACUAUCACAAACUGGGUAACUUUAGAAAUGAAUGCCCUGAGUGGACUCAGGAAUGGCAAUUGCAGGUCCGAAGCGGGUUUCUCGAUACCCAUACCCGCCCCAUGGCAGGUCGGGUUCAGGUCGAGUAAUUUAUUACGGGAUGCUGGUCGGGGCAGGUCGACCCAAUGGGUACGUAAUUUAUGCGAAAAACAUUAGAAUUAUUCGUUAUUUUCACUAAAAGACCAAAAAAUAAACCAUAAUACGAUAAAAUGUAGUUAAAUUAUUGAAGAAAUUGAUGUUUUCACUUAUUUACAACUUUAUUAUAGCUAAAAUAUAAUGUAAUAAGAGGAAAAUCCUAAGUAAUUUUACUAAGAUUACAUGUAAUUUAGGCAAGAACGGGUCGAGAAUGGGACGGGUCAGGGCAGGUCGGGUCGAUGAGAGGUACCCAUGUCCGCCCCGCCAACAAGGCGGGUCUGACCUGCCCCAAAACAGGCCAAACAGAUCGAGUAAAUCGGGUCAGGUCGAAAUUGUCAUCCCUACUUCACAGGCAUACUAUUCCAAUGAACCUGCUGAUAUGGGGGAUGAGGUGCUUCCUAUGGCAACCACUGAAUCAUAUGAUGAAGAGUUGGAAGCCAUGAUGACAUUUUUGAAUACGUUGAGAAGUCUGAGUCUUGGUGGUUUCUCGAUUGGGGUUACAACAAUCAUAUGAGUGCUUCUAACACCUAUUUUAGUAAUAUCGACAGCUCCAUCCACUGUACUGCCAAAUUGGGAAAUGAUACCAGACUCACCGUUCGAUGAAAAUGUACCAUCAAGAUGAAGGGAGAAGGGAAGACUCUUGUAAAAAAUUAUGUUUUCUAUAUGUAAGAUUUGAAAAAAAGAAAUUGCUAAGUAUGAGGCAAACUGAAGAAAAAGGAUGGCCUUUUUUAUAAAGAAUGGAGCAUGCAAGUUCUUCCAUGAAGAGAAUAUGUUGUUGUUUGAGACUUUAAUAUAGACAAAUAGAAUGUUAUUACUUCAUGUUGAAAACUGAAAAAGACUCACCAUGACAUGAGAAGCAAUGCUUUCAAUCAACUACAAGUGAGGAAGAGGUAGUAAGAUUAUUGCAUAGAAGGCUUGAGCAAAGGUAUGCCAACAAUGUGUGUUACUUCUACGUACUUUUGCCCUUCACUUUGGUAUGAUACUAAUUUGAUAUGGUCCUACUGAAUCAACCAAUACUCACCCAAAGGAUUAAAACUCAUAUUCAAAA